AGGAAUGACAAUCCUCCUCAUCUAUGUAGUCGCUAUGGGAUUUGUCAUUUCUCAACAAGAAAUUGGCCGACCGUUGAUGAGGUUAUCACGAGCACCAAGCGACGAACACACAAAAAAUCGAGAAUGGACCAGACUAGCUAUACGACGGUUGUGGCAAGAACGAAAAAAGAUGUCGCACACCCCACUGUUCAAAUUCAAUUACGUCGGCCAGCCGGAUGUAGAUAUUGUAUUCAAAAACGAAUCCGCCUCACGAUCAGGUUCCCUGAAGCAUCGAUACACUUGGGGACUCAUGAUGUGGGCACUUGUCGAAGGAUAUGUGAAAAAUGGGACAACGAUAUACGAAGCUUCAUCUGGAAACACAGCUGCAUCACUUGCUUAUAUGUGUCGCCUACUGCACAUUCCAUUCAUAGCCAUUGUUCCUGACACUAUAGAGGAGAUCAAAGUGAAGCACAUAGAGGAAUAUGGUGGCAGUGUCAUCAAAGUCCCUCUGGGAGAAAGGUUGAUCCGAGCACGACAGAUGGCAAUCGAAAAUGGCGGAUUUUUUAUGAACCAGUUCGGUAAUGCUGACAAAGCUGAAGAUUUCCAUGAAAGUGGAGACUUCCCGCUUGAGUCAGUGAAUUUGUUUCAUGAAAUGCUUGUUCAAUUACAAGCCGAUGACACGCAGGAGGUGAAAGUUCCACACUAUUUCGUACAUUCAGCUGGAACAGGCGGAACCAUAUCCUCAGUUGGACGAUAUGCGAAAAAAUAUGGAAUUAGCACUGAAAUAGUGCUUGCCGAUACACAAUUCUCUGUUUAUUACGACUACGUUAUGUACGAUAGAUUCAAGAAUGAGUCCGGUGCUAGCUUAUGGGUAGAGCCAGGAAUGGCAGGAAUUGGCUAUGGACCGAUGGGAAUGGCAAGAAAAGGUGAAACAACAAGUAUGGAUGCAGCUGUGAUUGAUCGAGUUAUCAAAAUUCCUGACGUCGCAGCCACCGCCGCCAUGCGGAUAUUGCGAGAUCAAGGUGCGUCCGGUGGCACCAGUAGUGGAGUAAACCUGCUAACUUCGAUGCAUAUUGCUUCUACAGCAAGGAAACCUAUGAAAGGACGACUGACGAUAGCAACACUUUUGGCUGAUCCAGGUCACUACUACGACACUACCUAUUACAAUCGAGAAUGGAUCGCGACGAAGUUUGCUCGACACGGUGGUUUAGAGGCAUAUGAUUGCUGGUAUUCUGUGAUCUCAGAGAGUCUCGCCUCUGGCGAAGACCCACUAUUCCUUGGAUAUGAACGAUGUCCUAAUGGAGUAUUUUGAACGAGAGACGAGGCUCAAUUAGGAUUUGUAACUUGAAUCUAGUCAUUUUAUUCUAAUUAUAUGAAUAUAUAAAGUUUACCAUUG